UCUACUCUUUCGUUAACUCGGAUAAAGCCGGCCCAGUCGUUGACGACUAAAAGUAUUCGCAUCUUACUUCUUACCCUUCACACUCAAAAUCAUCCACCCUUCACCAUGCGUUUCUCGCUUGCUCUCAUCGCCGCCGCAGCUGCUGCUGUCCAGGCCGGUGUUUUCACCCAACAAACCUACAACGACAUCUCCAUCUCUGGAGGUGUCGCCGGUAACGCGCAGGAGGAAGCGCUUGCCGUCUUCAGCGCCUUGGACCUGAACAACUUGGCCGCCGCCGACGAGGCCGACCUCGACUUUCUCAACUCGGUCAACCAGAUCUGCAACAAGGCCGAGAAGGGCGCCUUCAACCCGGCCAUCGACAGCGCCGACGGCGAGGCGGCCGCGGCCCUCCAGCGCGGCAAGAUCAAGAACAAGGUGCUCAAGCUCCAGGCCACCAUCCUCAAGCUCCAGAUCCAGCAGGCCCAGGGAGAGGACGUGACGGCUGACAUGGCGACGGAGACGAAGAAGCUGAACAACAACAUCCAGCAGGACGAGGACGAGGCCGGAAACGCUUCCACCUUUUUGUCCUUUGACGCUACUACUUCUUAGAAGAAGCUAGUGUAAGGGUUUGCGGAUGAGGAAGGGUCUUGAGAUGAGAGUAGAUACUACCCCCAAGUGUUUUAUAGACGAGUCAGGAGUAGCAUAGCGUAGGCACGAGC